GAGAAGAGAGCAGCUCCUAGAAGCAUCAACAUCUAUUUGUCCCUUACUUGCCCUGCAGAAAUUCACCUGCCUUUCCUUCUCCCAUCCUAUUUCUGGAUAUGCCACAAAAGGAUCCAUGCCAGAAACAAGCCUGUGAAAUACAGAAAUGUUUGCAAGCCAACAAUUACAUGGAAUCAAAGUGUCAGGCUGUCAUUCAAGAACUGCGUAAGUGUUGUGCUCGAUAUCCCAAGGGAAGCUCUCCU